AUGGCGCUGGUCCUGGGAAUCCUUGUGCUCGUCCUGCUAAGUGUCAUAGCCAUACUAGCCAAGCAAUUUUUGAAGUGCAGAGCAGGAAAAUCAGAAAGUUUGUCCCAUAUUGGUCUAAAUAGCACUGGCAAUCCCACCUCUUCAGAGAUGACUGUCUCGACAGCGCUCUUGAAAUGGCUCAUGGAGGAACUGUGUGAAGAUGGACAGGGAAGAACAUGCGAGCUGUGUCCUCCUGGGUGGCAAUUGCACAGGGGCAGAUGUUACUACUUCUCUGAGGAGGCUGUAACCUGGGAUGACAGCCAGAAAAACUGUCUGGCCAGGAAAUCCCAGCUUCUUGUUAUUGAAGAUGAAAUUGAGAUGGAAUUUAUAGACAAUAAAGAGAAAGAUACCAAAUAUAUCUGGAUUGGGUUGAAGAUUCCAGAAAUAAACAAACAGCAGAGUUCAACCGAAGAUCCUAAAGAAAACAGGAAAGCUAUAAACAGAAUUGAGACUGACAAGAACUGUGCUGUCUACAGAAGAAAAAACAUGAUCCAAGUAGAUAACUGCCAGACUUUAAAGAAGUGGAUCUGUAAGAAGAAUGCAACUUUGUUGGUGCUUUGA